AUGGGCGCACCUGGUACCAAGAAGAUGGGCGCACCUGGUAUCAAGAAGAUGGGCGCACCUGGUAUCAAGAAGAUGGGCGCACCUGGUACCAAGAAGAUGAGCGCACCUAGAAGCAUGAAGAUGGGCGCACCUGCACUUGGUACCAAGAAGAUGGGCGCACCUGGUUUCAAGAAGAUGGGCGCACCUGGUUUCAAGAAGAUGGGCGCACCUGGUUUCAAGAAGAUGGACGCACCUGGUACCAAGAAGAUGGGCGCAUCUGGUACCAAGAAGAUGGGCGCACGUGGUAUCAAGAAGAUGGGCGCACCUGGUAUCAAGAAGAUGGGCGCACCUGGUAUCAAGAAGAUGGAUGCACGUGGUAUCAAGAAGAUGGGCGCACCUGGUAUCAAGAAGAUGGGCGCACCUGGUACUAAGAAGAUGGGCGCACCUGGUACCAAGAAGAUGGGCGCACCUGAUACCAAGAAGAUGGGCGCACCUGGUACCAAGAAGAUGGGCGCACCUGGUAUCAAGAAGAUGGGUGCACCUGGUAUCAAGAAGAUGGGCGCACCUGGUAUCAAGAAUAUGGGCGCACCCGGUUUCAAGAAGAUGGGCGCACCUGGUAUCAAGAUGGGCGCACCUGGUACCAAGAAGAUGGGUGCAACUGGUAUCAAGAAGAUGGGCGCACCUGGUAUCAAGAAGAUGGGCGCACCUGGUUUCAAGAAGAUGGGCGCACCUGGUACCAAGAAGAUGGGCGCACCUGGUACCAAGAAGAUGGGCGCACCUGGUAUCAAGAAGAUGGGCGCACCUGGUAUCAAGAAGAUGGGCGUACCUGGUACCAAGAUGGGCGCACCUGGUAUCAAGAAGAUGGGUGCACUUGGUAUCAAGAAGAUGCCGGCGUCUGCCUUGUCGUAG